CCCAGCAUAUACUGCUACCAUUAAUAUUCCAUGUCAUUUUUCAGGACAAAGAAGGAGUGGAGGGCGUAUCUGUGGGAGCCAUUCUUUCUGACUACCAGAGAGUUCGAGUUGAAGAUGUAUGCAGAAGGCUUAAUCUUCAGCCUUUAGCUUACCUUUGGCGUCGGAACCAGGAAGUACUGCUUAAAGAAAUUAUAUCAUCUAACAUUCAAGCCAUAAUCAUAAAAGUGGCAGCUCUUGGUUUAGAUCCAGAUAAGCAUCUAGGAAAAACUCUGGAUCAAAUGGAGCCUUAUCUUUUGGAGCUUUCUGAGAAAUAUGGAGUCCAUGUUUGCGGAGAAGGUGGAGAAUAUGAAACAUUCACUCUGGAUUGCCCUCUAUUUAAGAAGAAAAUAGUUGUAGAUUCAACCAAGGUGGUUGUACAUUCGGCUGAUGCAUUUGCACCUGUGGCCUACCUUCAUUUUUUAAAAUUACACCUGGAGAAUAAGGCAAAAUCUUCUUCUACGUUUAUGGUCAAUAGCUGUUCUUGUGAGGUAAGCUGCAAUGAUGGCGAUAUUUUCCCUUCAUCUGAAGAGGAUGAACCACAGAAGAACGUUCUAGUCAUCUGGAAGUCUUUGAAACAUAAUUCUUUGGAUUUCACUAAGACUCUUGGAAGUUCAGGAAAAUCCUUGAGUGGUUACCAGUGGUUUUCAGGUAUCACUGCCCACUUCCUUCCAUCAAAAGGCAAAAAUGCUCAAGAGGCAGCAAGGGAAGCAUUUUCUUCUCUCCGAGCUAAUAUGACUUCAGAGGGAUUGAAACUGAAGGAUAUUAUUUUGGUUCAUCUGUAUAUGAAGAGCAUGAAAGAUUUCAAUGUUAUAAAUUCAGUUUAUGUGACAGAAUUUGAUUUGUGUCCACCAGUAAGAGUAUGUGUGGAAACCCUGUUACCUGAUGGAGUACUGUUUUGCAUUGACUGCCUUGCACAUAACUAUGACAUUGCAACGGAUGAUGUGUUAUGUGAUGAAAAACUGGUCAUGCAUGUACAGAGCAUUUCCCACUGGGCACCUGCUAGCAUAGGACCUUACAGUCAGUCCAUCAAGGUAGGGAAUCUUUGA